ACUGCCCAACAAGUCAUACACUGUGUGAGAAGAACCAGCGAGGUGUAGUAGCUAGCAUCUGUGAACCUAACUAUGUCUGAACUUGAUGUCUCCCUUGGUUACUUUCUUGCUGUUGUGGUGUUUGGUGUAGUCUUUAGAGUCCUUUUCAGAAAAUGGCCUUGUUUGAGCUUUGCAUCAGAGUUCACAACCUCAUUUGUGCUGGUGGCAUGCUGGCUGGAGGUGCAAACCAUUAUAGAGAUUGGUGAGUGGGCAGAGGGACUGGGAUCAGAUGUUACUCUGACCAUACGGUUUGUGGUGCUGCUGACCCAUGGUGUGAUCUGUACUGGAGCCACUGGAAACCCCUCCCUGACUCUGAUGAAUUUCCUGCUGCUGGAGACCCCUACUAUGCACACUCUGCUGGCUUUGGCUGCUCAGUUCCUGGGGGCACACCUGGCCCUGAUUGUAGCUGGCUACUACUGGGCAAUGGAGCUCAAUGACAUGCACAUAAUUAAGAACCUGUUAUUCAGGGAGUGCAGCACAGCCCUGCGUGUCUCCCUGGUGCAGGGGGUCUAUUGUGAGUGUGUGUGUGCAUUCAUCUUUUAUCUGAUAUACCUCAGCCUGAGAUGUCGCGCUGCGUUGGUUCGGGUGCCUUUCUUAGCAGCUGUGCUCAGCCUUCUCUCCCAUGCAGCCAGUGGUUAUACCUCAGCUUUCCUGAACCCCUCCCUGGCCUAUGGCCUUACCUUCUACUGUCAUGGGUUUACCUUUACGGAGUACUCAGUGGUCUACUGCCUUGGGCCCAUUAUUGGAAUGACCCUGGCCCUUCUCCUGUACAUGGGUCACAUCCCCAGGAUUUUUGCGAAGAAUCUGCUGUAUUCCCAGAAGACCCACGUAGAGGUGCCAAAGGGGGACGGAGAUGAAAAGAAAAAGUGAAAGAAAGA